AGGUGUGGCCUUAAAAAGAAAAAAAGAAAAAAGAAAAUACCUGGGAAAUCUACCUAUUCCUCCACCUCCCAAUCCAGUGUUCGGUCCUGUCUGGACGCGUGGCCUGAUCUCUGGCUGUCUUUGAUGCUGUAGAGGCUGGUGGUUGUCACUCUCUCUAGUUGACAGGUGAGGACUCAGAGGAAGUGAGGGAGGUUGCCUGCUCGAGGGCUGCUGACCAGCACCCGGCUCUGGGACGGGCGCCCUCCCCCCUCUGUUCUGCCCUUGGCAGCCUGGGUCAGUGGCCCUCAGCUCUGACGCGAGCUUCACGGUUCCCUCUUGUCUUGCAUUUCCUCCUUCUUUGGGAAGUGGUUGAGAUCAUGGCCUUUGGAACUAGACCUGCUUGGAUGUGACUCCUGGCGCCGUGGCCGUGGACGUGUGUGGGUCAAAUUGUGUUCCCCCCACAGAUACGCCAAAGUCCUAAUCCCCAGCACCUCUGAAAGCGACCUUAUUUGGAAAUAGGGUCAUAGCAGGUGUAUUUAGUUAAGAUGAGGUCAUGCUGGAGUAAGAUGGGCCCUAAUCCAGUAUGAAUGGUUGGCAUCCUUAUAAGAAGAUUGACCAUGCGGAGACGCAGAGGCUCCACCGAAGCAGAGGCGGAGGUUGGAGGCUGGCUGCAUCUGCAAGCCAGAGAAUACGGAGGAGUACCUGGAGCGAGAAGAGGAGCUUGGAAAAGCUGAGUGAGGAGUUGGAUCAGGUGGUUGAGAACUCAGAGCAGGCGGACGAGCGGGAAAAGGAGACGGUCAAAGGCCAGGGUCCAGGGAUCUUACCAGGCCUGGACAGCGAGUCCGCCUCCAGCAGCAUCCGAUUCAGCAAGGCCUGCCUGAAGAACGUCUUCUCGGUCCUGCUCAUCCUCAUCUACCUGCUGCUCAUGGCUGUGGCCGUCUUCCUGGUCUACCAGACCAUCACAGACUUCCGCGAGAAGCUCAAGCACCCCGUCAUGUCGGUAUCUUACAAGGAGGUGGAUCGCUACGACGCCCCAGGCAUUGCCCUGUACCCCGGUCAGGCCCAGCUGCUCAGCUGUAAGCACCACUACGAGGUCAUCCCUCCUCUGACGAGCCCCGGGCAGCCCGGGGACCUGAACUGCACCACCCGGACGAUCAACUACUCCGACCCCUUCUCCAACCACACCCUGAAAUCCGCCCUGGUGGUGCAGGGGCCCCGGGAGGUGAAGAAGCGGGAGCUGGUCUUCCUCCAGUUCCGCCUGAACCAGAGCAGCGAGGACUUCAGCGCCAUCGACUACCUCCUCUUCUCUUCCUUCCAGGAGUUCCUGCACAGCCCCGACAGGGUGGGCUUCAUGCAGGCCUGCGAGAGCGCCUAUUCCAGCUGGAAGUUCUCGGGGGGCUUCCGCACCUGGGUCAAGAUGUCCCUGGUGAAGACCAAGGAGGAGGACGGGCGCGAGGCCGUGGAGUUCCGGCAGGAGACCAGCGUGGUCAACUACAUCGACCAGAGGCCGGCGGCCGAGAAAAGUGCUCAGCUGUUUUUUGUGGUCUUCGAAUGGAAGGAUCCCUUCAUCCAGAAGGUCCAAGACAUAAUCACCGCCAAUCCUUGGAACACAAUCGCUCUUCUCUGUGGGGCCUUCUUGGCAUUAUUUAAAGCCGCAGAGUUUGCCAAACUGAGUGUGAAAUGGAUGAUCAAGAUUAGGAGGAGGUACCUUAAGAAGAGAGGUCAGGCGACGAACCACAUAAGCUGACGCCGCCUGUGCUGUUCAUAGAACUGCCCGAGUUACUGGAAGUUGUCGUGACUUCGGCUUCGGGGAAGCUGCCAGCAGUCGGGUACUCACUUGAAGAAACACUGCAGCUUCUCACCCGGCCCCCGAAGAGACUGUCUAGAGCCCAGUGACCCAGGUCCCGUGGAUGACCUAACCUUAUUUAAAUAUUUAAAUUAUUAAUGAACAUGUCUCAGCAUCUCAUGAAUAGUGCUUGUAGAAGGUGGAAUUAGAUAUAACCCAGUUUUCUGAAGGUUUGUGGAAGCGGCCUCCUUUCUUAUUUUGGUAUAGAGUUAAGGUCUAACAGGAUAAUUAAGGCUCUGACCUUAGGUUUUUCUCUCGAAGUUUUCAUUUUUUUGCUUUUUAGGGCCACCCCCACGGCACAUGGAGGUUCCCAGGCUAGGGGUCGAAUCGGA